AUGAAAUAAGUUUACUUUAUUUCCAUUUUGGUCUUGUCAACCUAUUGUGCUUCAUUUUUGGAGGAGCAACCAGGAAUGCAGAAUAAAAUUUAUUCAAUUAAAUUGGAGCGAACUCAAUCUUAGGCUAGAAAAUCGUUUUUCGAUUUCAUAACAACAGGAUAGCAUUUUAGAUCUAAGAGUGAUAUAAUGGAUGACAUUGCAUUGACAUAAACAACACAGAAGGAGAGCAUAAAAUUAUAUAAUUUUAAAAAUACUUAAUAUACUGGUGAAAUUAGUUUUGGAGGAUAAGAAAAUAAAUUUAAAGUUAUAUUUGAUACUGGAUCAGCUAAUAUUUGGUUGAAUUCAGCUAGAUGUCACGAUUAUGGUUGCAAGAAUCAUAAACAAUACGAUGGCUAAAAGAGUUUGACUUAUGAGCAUUUAGGUUAUGAUUUGGAUGUUGAAUUUGGUACUGGUGAAUUGAUGGGAGAGAUCAAUGCAGAUACUGCCUAUGUCGGAAAUGUUAAGAUUAGAAAACAAGAGUUCGCAGAAAUAGUUAGGGAAAAUGGAGAUGUAUUUGCUUAAUCUGAUUUUGAUGGUAUAGUCGGUUUAGCAUAUCCAACAAUGGCUGCCUAUCAUUUUAAUCCAUUAUUUGAUAAUAUCAUGCAAUAAAAAUUGUUGGAUAGGAAUGUGUUUUCAUUCUACUUUUCAAGAUAAGAGAACUCUAGAACCUCAGAACUAACAUUGGGAGGAUGGAAUUAAGAUCAUUUUGAAGGUGAAUUGCAUUUUCAUAAUGUGGCAAAUAAGUAUUACUGGCUAUUGGAGGCUAAUAACAUUUUGGUAAAUGGAAAGGAUGUUGGAUUAUGUAAAGGAGGUUGCAGUGUCAUAGCAGACACUGGCACAUCUCUGAUUACAGGUCCAUCUGAUGAUUUAUAUGAUUUGAUUGAUACUCUUAAUAUAGAUGAUAAUUGCAAGAAUCUUAAAGAAUUACCAACCUUAACAUUUGUGUUGGAUGGAAUUCAUUAUGAUCUUGAUGCACAUGAUUAUGUAAUGAAGAUAGAUUCAUAUGGAAAUGAAAUUGCAUAUGGAUCUUUUGCAUCUACAGAUAGCUUCUUGGAAAUGGGUGCAGGUUGUGAAUGUAUAGGAACAUUUAUGCCCUUAGACAUUCCUUUCCCUCAAGGGCCAGCUUGGAUUUUGGGUGACACUUUCUUAAGCAAAUAUUAUUCUGUUUAUGAUAGAGAUAACGAUAGGGUUGGCUUUGCUAGAUCAAAAUGA